CUUAAAACAACGGUCUCCCAUCUCUAAUGUCUCCUCUUUCUUAUCAAUCAUUUUUUUUUAAUAUAUCUUUUGAAGUAAAAGCAAAGAAAACCAAACCAAACUCAUUGUCAAAUAAUCCCUUCUCAUCCCUCCAAAACACACAACAUAGCUAGCUAGUUACUCUCAUUCAUCUUCACCAUGGAAGAAACCCCAACUCCUCUUCUUUCUCCAAAACCAAACGAAGACUAUAGCUCCUUUGUCGACACUUCUCGCCCUUUUCGCUCUGUGAAAGAGGCUGUUGCCAUAUUCGGUGAACGCAUUCUUGUCGGAGAAAUAUACUCUCCCAAGCCAUAUUACACUCCUCCUCCUAGCCAUGACACUUCAUGGAUGCAUUACUCAUCUCCAAGUCCUAUAAGCCCUAUUUGUAAAGAAGAUAAUCAUGAAGGAAGUAACAAUAAUAAUGAAUUCUUGGAUACUUUAAAGAAACUAGAGGCAGAGCUUGAGCAAACAAAGGUGGAGUUGAAGGUACUAAAGGAGAGAGAGUCAGAGACAGAAAUUGCAGUGGCUUCUUUGAAUGCUGAGUUACACAAGAACAUGUCUAAGUUGGCUGAGGCAGAGGCAGCAGCAGCUAAAAAGGCAGCGGCUGCAGCAAGGGUAAGUUUUGAAAAGAGAGAAGAUGUUUUUAAAGAGGAAGAAAAGAACAGAGAGUUUAUGAUAAGAAUGGAGAAUUCACCAAAUUUGGCUCAAAUAUUGAGUCUUGGAGAAGAGAGAGGAUAUUUUGGAGGUAAAAAGGAGAGGAAGGUGAUGAAGAAGAAGCCUUUAGUUCCUCUUCUGGGAGAUUUUUUCUUCAGGAAAAAGGGGUCAUCCAACAAAACACUUAAUAACCCUCUUUAUGCAUCUGCUCAUGGUGUGUAUUAAUUAGGGAAAAAUUUGUAGCAAACUAAGUUCAUGAUUUGUUUCAGGUUGAAUUUAAUUUGAUUUCUCAGAGUUUGUUGUGUGGUUGUUUGUAUCUAUGUUCAUGUAAAAUAACUAAAACUUCUUAUUGCUUGUUAUUUCUAUAAAGUUUUGCAGUCAAGCAGAGAGAGAAUUUGAAUUUAUUAUAUUUUUUUGUUAAA